GCGGCUUUCCUUGAUUGAAAAAGGUUUCGAUUUGUCGAUUUUUCAAACAAAACGUCUCUUGUCUUUCAAUAAUUUUCUUAAUAUAAUUAUGAUUGUAAGUUUGAUACGUUUGAUAAGCGAUAAAAGCAGCUUUGCACGACGUGAUGCCGAAUCUGAAUCCGGAGGAAUUGAUUCAGAAGAUUUCAAUAUUUUCUAGGAUCGGUUUUUUGGCCCUGUCGGCAUUGGUCAAUUUUAUUCUUCCUGAUCACGACUCGGACGGUUUCGUCUCUCCGAUCCUGGUGACCGACUAUGAGAGCGUUUUGGACAAAACGGUCGACUUUCUAUUCGGCGGCCUGUGCCGUUGGGACGGCCAGCACUUCUACCACGUCGCCCGAUACGGGUACACGUACGAGACGAACCUGGCCUUUUUUCCGCUUUUUCCGUCCGCGGUCGGGGCCGGGGCCCAGGUCGUCACUUGGGCCACCGGGCUCAAUUUCAAGUCCGCGUUCCUCAUCGUCGUCGUCGCCAUGAAUACCGCACUUUUCACCAAAUCGGCCCUCACGCUCUUCAGGCUCACCCGGGUCGUCUUCAGGGACGACAGGAUCGCCUUCAACUCGGCCCUCUUCUUCUGCUUCUCGCCGGCGACCGUCUUCUUCAUCGCGCCUUACUCAGAGACUUUGUUCGCCUUCUGCACGUUCAACGGGAUGCUCGCUUACUCGAAGAACGAGAUUAACUAUGCUUGCGCUUGGUUUUGCAUUAGCGGCUGUGCCAGGUCGAAUGGUACCAUCAACGGAGGUUUCAUCGCACACUAUUUUUUCAGCAAAAUGUUAACAAGUAUUAAAACUCACAAAGGCUUCAGUUUGAAAUUUGUAGCGGACUAUCUGAAACCGCUCGGCUAUCUCGUCACCUGCCUGGCAAUUGUCUUGGCUCCUUUUCUUAUUUUUCAGAUAGACGGCUUUUACAGGUUCUGCAAAAGUGGUUUACGAUAUCCGAUUGAACUCGUCAGGCACGGCGAGAGGAACAAUCUGCUCAUGCCGGGUGACCAGCCGAUCUGGUGUGGUCACAAGAUCCCUAUGCCUUAUUCAUAUGUUCAAGACGCUUAUUGGGAUGUUGGAUUCCUACGUUAUUACACUUUAAAACAAAUCCCGAACUUUUGCCUCGCGUUUCCCAUUGUAGUCAUAAUACUCGGCUCCUGCGUGCAGUUCCUUUACAAGCACAAGAAUCUCUUUGUACAAGCGGACGAGGUCUAUUCGCAAAAGAGAAGCUCCGAUACAUUCCCGAGACAUUCCUUCGUUUAUAUCGUCCAUGCCGUGUUCCUGACGGUAUUUUGCGUCCUCAACAUAAACGUCCAAGUAACGACAAGGAUGCUCGCCUCCUCGAGUCCGGUGCUCUAUUGGAUCGCUUCGACAAAAUUUCUAGUCAAAGAUACUGGCGCACCGCCUGAUUUCGACUACAUAAAAGAAAAUAUGUUUGACUGGAAAGGAAAAUUUCAUAGGUCUUCUUAUAACAUAAUAAGCUACUUUGUAAGUUAUGCUGUAGUUGGCACGGUGCUUUUUAGCAAUAAUUUGCCUUGGACAUGACUGAAUAAUUUGCAUUUUUAUAGUUGAAACGUUGUUAGCCUUGUUGUUUUGUCAAUUAAAGUUAUUUAUUGCUCA